ACCUUUAGGUGUUGCAACUCGAACGACCAAGGCCAGAAAGACAAAAGAAAGAAAGAAAGAGAGAAAAGAGAGACCAGACGGGUGCUUUUAAAGACGCUUUAUUCACCUCAUGCAUAUAUUGUACCUUUCGACCUUACCCAUUUUUUUAUUAUGCCUAAUACUGUGUUCAAUUUUUAUUGUCUCUGGGCGGCUGUCUGAACCUUUUGUUGCAUUUGCGAUUCGAUUAUAUGUCUUCCAUGAAGCUGGCUUGAUGGGCGGAAUUCUGCUUUUUUUUUUCUUUUUCUUUUUAAUAGUAUACCAAGACGAAGUCGAGAUUCCUGAAUGAGCGACGGAUUAAUUGGGUCACACAAUAAUACAAACA